CCAGCUGCCUUGACUUUCUCUACACUUCUCUGUGCUAAUGCUUCCUGAGUUUGUUUGCUUUGAGGCUGAUCUCGCUCUACUCGGCAAUCUAUUGACAAAGUAUAAUGGCAAAACCUUCGCCCCUCGCAACGUCAACACGGUGCAACCGGAGUGCAGGACCAGAACCAUCUUUCUCGCCACCAUCAUACACCAUGAAACAGAUCCACGACGCAAUUCCAUCCCACUGCUUCCAUCGGAACACUUUACGAUCGUUCAAUUACAUCCUUCGCGACAUUGCCUUCGCCGCUGUACUAGCUUCAUCCGGAACUCAGAUAUCUGCGAUUGCAUUCCAUCCGCUACGCGUCAUGUCCUGGGUCAUCUAUACUUUUUUACAGGGUCUUGUUUUCACGGGAUUGUGGGAACUCGCUCAUCAGUGUGGGCAUCAAGCUCUAUCCCCUUCGAGGACAUUCAACAACAGCGCAGGAUUAUUGAUUCAUUCUUUUCUGCUCGUACCUUAUCACAGCUGGAGAUUUACCCACGCCCAGCAUCACAAAUCGACCAACAACAUCGAGCAAGACAUCGCAUUUGUACCUGACACAAAAGAAGUUUGGCUUGCGGCACGGCAAAAACGGUCUACAGAACCAAUUUUUGGGUAUUGGGAGAUGGUAGAAGACAUGCCGAUUGUCAAUUUGCUUAUUCUGAUAGGACACCAGCUCAUUGCAUGGCCUACUUAUCUCUUAAUCAACAACUUCGCUCUACCACGUAUGCGGGCCUAUUCAUGGUGGAAAAGGUCUCAUUUCUAUUUCGGAGGUGAUGGGCCUAACUUCAGACCUUCAGAGAGCAAUGAUGUUGUCCUCAGUACGAUUGGAGUUGGAUUGUUCGGAGUACUCUUGUAUGCAGCUACUGUACGCUUCGGAUUCUGCGCUGUGUUUCUCUUCUAUGGAGCGCCCUGGCUAUGGACAAACCACUGGAUCUGUACGUCGUUCUCGUUUGUUCUGCUAAGGGAUGAUGGAGUCCUAUGAGAUCUGCAGCAUGCUGAUCUAUACACAACAGUGGCAAUCACCUUCUUGCAACACACGGACAUAUCUCUUCCGUACUACCAAACCAAGAGUUGGUCAUUUAUUCGUGGCUGUGCCUCCACGAUCGACCGAGACUUCGGCUUCAUCGGCCGAAAUCUGUUUCAUGGAGCUAUCGAGUAUCACGUUCUCCAUCACCACGUGUGUAGAAUUCCAUUCUACCAUGCCAAGGAAGCUUCGAAUGCUAUCCAAGCAGUGAUGGGGUCCCAUUACCAGAGUGACAUGAAGACUCCUUAUCUGUGGGCAUUCUGGAAGAACUACAACAAAUGUCGGUUCGUGGAAGAGAAGGACCCUGGUAGCGAUGUUUAUUUCUUUGGGACGAAUUGAUACUUCUGUUGCUGUGGAGAGGACAGGCCUGGGGCGUAAGAUCGAUCUAUUUACGGUAAAAUUUAGAUUUCUCCUGGGCCCAGCUGCGUCGACCGCAGGGAAUGAAGACCCACAAUGUACUCUGUGGUGGAUUCUAGAGAGGAAUUGCAUCAGUAAAGCCGUUUAGAAAGACCUAUAUUUGAAAAUACGAAUCACCGUUCGGUGCGGUAGGAGAAGGUAUCCAUACAUUGAAUGUGCGUCGCGACAGAAAAACAAAGAGUUUGUGAAUCGCAAUUUGGAGCUGGAAGAAGCGGGAAUUUACAACGGCGCUUCAGGGCAGAGCGUCGAAUAUCAGCUAAGGUUGUAAGACGAUGUCACCAAAUCAGCUUGUAUCUAGUUACCCAUGUUGCCAAACAUUAGGACUUUUCAACGAGGCAGCAUAAAAAUCAGGAUGUUUCGAACGGAAGAUUUGCUC